AAAUUUUGGCCAUCUAAUUUGGUAGGCAGAGAAGUCGAAAGUUCUUUAAAUAGAUAUUACCAUAUUCUUUUGAUUGGUAUGAUCUCCAUAUAUUUUCACGGUUCUAUUUUCUCUAUCAUAUAUAUUCUUAUUCCACUGUUUAAAGAAACGAGGGAGACACCUUACAAAACAGUUUAUCCGUUUGAAUACAGUAGCAGUCCCAAGUUCGAAAUAAUGUACUUAGUGCAGAGCUUUACCAAUUUUUACGUUGUUCUGGGUGUCGUAAUUGGAGUGGAUACUUUGUUCAUGGCUGCGUGCUAUAACAUUAUCGCCCAGUUCCGUUUGUUGAAAGGAGUGGUUUUGAAAUUGGGUACCGAUGAAGUUAAAGAAAUAAAUUCUAAACUGAUUAUACUAAGUUCUGAGUCUGACAACAUAGGAAGAAAUGUCACAGAGGAGAAGGAGUUCCUUAUUCGAUGUAUUAAACACCAUCAGUUGUUAUUAAGAACUACAGAGGAUAUUGAAACAGUGUAUAGCGUUAUUGGCCUCUUUCAACUAGGUUUCAGCAUUAUUGCGAUCUGCAUGUCUAGUUUUGUAGUUACAACGGAAGAAAUAGAAUAUGUGCAACUGGUAAAUAUCUCAAUUUUCAUAUCAGGGCAUAUUGUACAAUUAUUCUGUUACUGCUCAGUGGCUAAUGAAAUAGGUUUAGAGAUGGAUAAUUUGUCACAACAUAUUUUCUCAAGUUACUGGUACCAAACAGACUUUGUAAACAUUAAACAAGACAUUUUAGUUAUUAUGAAGAAAUCUCAGGAAGUAAAAAGAAUUACGGCGCUAAAGUUGGUUCCGCUAAACUACGACACUUUUAUUCAGGUCCUACGAAUUUCAUUUUCAUUUCAUACACUCUUGUCUAACAUUACAGUAAAGUAGACAAAAUUGGGAAAUUAUAAUAAUAUAAG